AUGGCAAAGUCGCCGACAGCCGAGGGCGAUCUGGCGUACACCGACGGCCCGCCUUCUCCUCGACGCGAGAGUGAGAGCAAGAGCGUCGAGAUUAACAAGAAGUACCAGAAAGUGAACAUUACAAGCAUCAUGGCUGACAUUCCUGUGUCAUUUCCCUGUGCCGACUUUGGUGCCGAUGCGCUCUUGCAGCUCCUGCCUGCUGGCCUGCCGCCUUUGACGCCGCCUCGAGCAAUCCUUCAGAGACAAUCCUCGACGGACAGCGUCAGGGGAAUCAUGACGGACGAACGAGUGUUCGAUUUGCAGUUGCAAAGCUAUUUUGCAGCGCUCAGUCCGAGCAAGCAAGGCCGAACGACGGUCACACGGUCUGACGUUGGCGAUAUUGUAUCCCUCCUGUCGGGACAAGAUGAUGACAUGCGCGACAUCAAGUUCAGGAGCUGGGCAUUCAGAAACUUCAAGCUAUCCGCCAAUGACUCCCGCCUCGUAUCGACUUCAAACGGCCUGCCAAUCGCAUGUGUCGAGCAAUAUUAUAGCAUCUGCGCGGCAGCUCACGGCAAGUGUAUGCAUGGCGGUCGCGAUAAGACACACAAGGCUGUCACUGCCAAGUGGGCAUUCAUUCCAAAGGACAUUGUCGCACGCUUCGUCGCUACCUGUCCACUUUGUCGCAUGAAGCGUCCGUCGAUGCACGACGACUCGGCGAUGCCGACCGAUUUUGAUGCUCACCGUUUCAAGCCGGAGUCUGGCCCUCUCGAGCAGUCGAACAGCGACGGGGAGGAAAACGACUGCAUGAUCAUUUCGCCGCCGCCGAAGUCGCGCUGCCAAUCUGUGGACGAGCAGGCUCCUAUCCUCUGGACGCCACAGCGUGAGGAUCCUCUCGCGUUGCCGACAGAGCUUCUCACGCCGCUCGCGAUGCUCGCUCGUGCAGAUGCUGAGCCUGAUGCUGUGAAGCACGGGUCACGGGAGCAUGCCAGUGGACUAUUCAAGUCGUGUCAAGAGCUCUUCAGUCCGAUCGCGUGUGACGGCACCUUCACAUUCGAGAGCACGCUCGACCUUGCCUUUGACGAACAAUAUUGGCCAGGGCUGCAUGCUGAACCGAAUGCGACCCUCUGCGAACGUUUUGCACUAGAUUGGAUGCUCGCAUAGUGAGCCUAAGAGCCGUGUUGUUGCCAUUGUAUAACCUUAUUUCGGGAAAGCUAGAGGGCACUCGCGGUGAGUCCACAGUCAAGCCAGCCUGGUGCAGCCUGCGCUAAAGCUCCGAGAGGCAACGAAAGCGAACUGACAGGGGUUGCAUUCGGCUCGAACGGCAAAG